AUGAUUUUAAAUCUUAUAAAGGAAAAAGAAAUGAUUGUAAAGGUUAAUGAAGAGCAGAAGCAACAGAAAGAAAUUUAUGAAAAACAGACUGCAGAACUUAAUAGCAUCAAUGAAGAAAGGAAGCCAAUAGAAAAAUUAGAAGAGCAAAUUGAAGAACUUCAAGCUGAACGUAAAGAUCUUCGAGCUGAAUGUAAAGAUCUUCGAGCUGAAUGUGAAGAUCUUCGAGCUGAAUGUAAAAAUCUUCGAGCUGCUAGUGAAAAAUCAGAUGAGGAAAUUAAAAAUCUUCAACUAAAACUUUGAACUGCAAAAUUGAUUUGGAAAUUGCAAAGCUCCAAAAGGAAAUAA